CAGUGAGGUCAUUUGAGAGCGCGUAAAAGCGCACGGGACUCAGAUUACAGCCUUGAGCGUCUCCUCUAGUGCGCAUACUCGCAUGAGGAGUUCCAGAUGUGGACAUCGUCUCCGUCAGGUCAGUCAGACCUUCGGAGUGGACAGAAGCUGUCUAUCAUGUUAGCCUUCACACUCGGUCUGUUUUUAUUGCCGCUCUGCGCUACGGUCUACACGGGACCUUUACUCCCCGAAAUGUCCAACGGGACUUUUCACCACUUCUUCGUCCCGGACGGCGAUUACGAGGAGACCGAAGACCCGGAGAAAUGCCAGAUGCUUUUCAAAUGGAUCGACCGCAGACCAUGUCCACUGGAAGAAGACCAGGACUCGCUCAUUCGAGAGGAUUUUAUCAUCGUUAAACAGCAGAUUGAAGACGCAGCGCGCGUUCUGGAGAGCCUUGGGAAGAGCAUUUCCUACGACCUGGACGGUGAGGACAGUUACGCGAAAUACCUGAAGAGGGAGAUUGUGCAAAUCAGCGAUGCGUUUACAAACGUGGAGAAAUCUCUUCUGGAGUUGGAGACGAAAUUCAAGCAAAGCCAGGAGAUGGAGCAAAGAGAGGAACAUGAGUUCACCAAUAACUUUAUCAACCCCAUGUAUAGUGUGAGGGACACCCUGCAAGAAACCCUGGACAUCUCCUCCGGACUCAAGGAUAAACAUGAGCUCAUCUCUCUGAUCAUUCGGAGUCAUGGGUCGAGGUUGAGCCGACUGAAAAAUGACUACCUGAGUGUUUAGACUCACAGAUAUUCUGGACAGACUACAGUCCAACUUGGGUUGUUAUUGCAUCUCUGUUAAAUUCUUUAAAUUUCCCAUGCAUGAAACUCUCUUUUGAGGUUCCUUCACUCAUAAAAAUAAAGCAAAAUUCAAUAGUGGAGAACCAUUUUGGAUUAGGGUUUCUUUAUAUAUAUAUAUAUAUAUAUAUAUAUAUAUAUAUAUAUAUAUAUAAACUUAAAAAAAGUAAUGCCAAUUCAGAUGUAUUAACAUGUAUUAGCAGGUACCUCUAUAAACCUCCAAAAAUGUUUGAUGUGUCUGUAAAUGUAAAAUACAGAAGUCUUAUUUCUGAAAACA